GCUACUAUUAGGAGGCGGGAGGAGGAAGGAAGUUCCACUUUCAAUUUUUAAGGUUUCCAGGAAAUCAAUGAACUGACUACACAGCACAUUUUAAAAUGAAAACGUUCCAGCCGGGAUGCACAAAGCGAAGAUAGAUGUACAGGUUGUCACAUGACGAUCACGAGAUAAUCCGAUCUAUGACGAUGAUAACGAAUGAACGUUUAUUCAUAUUUGGAUAACUACAAAAUUAACUGUAAAAUAGCAAGAAUCUUGAUAAAAUAUAAUUAGCAUCAUGGCCACCAGAGGUUCUAGAGCCAGAAAUUCGUCUGUCAGUUUCACCGAGCUAUUAGAUCAGUGGAAUAUGAUUCAAAAUGCGGACGAUUUGGUAAAUUCAAUGGUCAAUAAUCUAGCAAAGUUAAGCCAUUUUUUGGCUGAGAAUGUUAUCGAUGAAAAAUAUUCACUCAUUCUGGUGAAACUUUUUAGCCGUGCCUCUCAAACACGUAAAAGACGAAUUGAAUGUCUUGACAUUUUGAGAAUCAUUGCCGAAAGUUUAUUUUUAACAAGGCAUUUAGGUGUGACCGUAACAAAAAUCCAAGAAAUGUUUGGUUUGGAGCAAUGUCAAGGUUUCGUUAAGGACAUGGCGAACAUUUUAGAGAUGAUAUUACAUCAACUGCCAAUGUAUUCCUUCAAAGUCAUUGUGGCUGCAUCCUUGUUGAACUGCUUCUGUAGUAAUUGCGACUCUUUCCCGGAAAAAGAGAACCUGAUGAGCUUAUUAGUAUCUCUUAUUCAACAAGGUAAACAUCAGCAUAGGAACUCUAACUCCAAGGAAAACACUAUCUUUCAUUGCCAGGACACAGACAGACCUCCGGAAAACUUUGUUGACCUUCCAGUUGUACCGACGGAUAUCGAUUUGUUUUACAAUGUAAAACCAUUUGUGAGGAAAGCAAUCUUGAAAGGUCCUUACCGAGAUGUAGAACACUAUUUAGACGUCCAUUUCCGUUUGAUGAGACUAGACUUUAUAACGCCUUUGAAGAAUGGGCUUACCGAACUUCGAACUCAGAGUGAUUUCUCGCAGAAACUGCGCUGCUCGGAAGUGAGACUUUACCAUAGUGUCUGCAUAAAAAAAGCAGACGUGACCAAUGGGUUGAUCUUGAUGUUUGACGUUAAAAAAUGCAAGCACGUAGACUGGGAGCGGACUGAUCGUCUGAUGACUGGGUCUUUGCUUUGCCUGACGAAAGAUGGCUUUCGGACUAUUGUGUGCGCUACUGUGGUCAAGAGAGAACUUGAACAACUUAAAAAGGGAGUAGUUCAGGUGGCCGUCAAGAGUGGAUUAGAACUAUUGUUGGGUGUCACAAGUAGGGAUCUAUUUGUCAUGGCGGAGUCGGUGAAUUUUUAUGAUCCAUAUUAUCAUGUUCUGGAAGCAUUAAAAAGUAUGACAGAUAGUUUUCCAUUGCAGAAUGUGAUAAUCUAUUGUAAACCUGCAUUAAAACCACCAGCCUAUCUCCUGACAUAUAGUAGUUGCUCCAAGAUACCAUUGUAUGAUCUAUCAUGUAUGAUGCUGCACAAAUGUGAAAUCAAAGUUCCAAUUCUAACAACCGUUAAAUGGCCUAGUGUAUCCAAAAUGUGUCUAAACGAAUCGCAAAGAGAAGCAGCCAUUUUAGCGCUGACCAAAGAGGUUGCAGUCAUCCAGGGCCCACCCGGUACUGGCAAAACUUACGUUGGUUUAAAAGUGGUGGAGACUUUGUUAAAGAACCAAAAGUGUAAAGGUCAAAACUCUGGAAGCCCUAUUCUCGUAGUCUGUUUUACUAACCACGCACUCGAUCAGUUCUUAGAAGGAAUACUCAGGUUUUGUCCAAGAAGCAUCACGCGGAUUGGUGGUGGAUGUAAAUCUGAAAAACUGUAUAAAUCUGUAUUGAGGAAUCCAGCUAGCAGAUAUAAUACAGUUUCUUUGAAAGCGAUGGAUAUUUACAAACAAGAGAUGGGCCAACUGCUGAAAAAAAUUGAUUCAUUGGAUAAAGAGAUUCAGUCUGUUGACGUGCUGUACAAAUUUAUGCUUGUUGAUCAUUAUAGUUUUUUCUUUCAGAACCAUGACAGACAGUUAAGAAGUUGGUUGUGUGCUCCGAAGGGAACGAUAGAUCAGGAACUGCCUAAGCAAAUACAAGCACAUCUCACAAAACUGGUUCUUGGAUGGCAAUUCAGUGCAUCAAAUAUAAAACUUCAUAAAAAAUUGGAUGUAUUUGAAAGAUGUUCUUUAUAUUGCAAUAAAAUCAAAAUUGUCAGAAGAAACAUCAAAACUGAGAUGGAGUUCGCCAAAAGAGAUAAAGUGUUUCAAACAGAAAAGGAAAUGAAACAAUUACUAUCACUUUCGUAUUCUGACAUUCUUCCUGAUGAUGUCAUUGAUCAAUUUAGUUGUAGCUCGUUUUCCGAGCACGUAAGAAAGUAUUGCAUUAGUCCUUUUAAAACCUUCGAAAUUCUUAAUGAAAAUAAAGUUAUUCAGUUCUGGCUAUUAGGUCAAGGUAGACUACUCAUAGAACAAUUAGAAGACAUAGAACAAUUGAUCCAAGCAAACAAUAAUGGCAAAGACGAAAUCAACCCUGUGGCUCAAGAUCAGCUUAACUUCAGAUCAAGUAUAUUUUACAAACCAGAAAACCCAGAUUUUGAAAGUAUCAUGCGUAAAGUUGAAUACCUGAAAAUUGCAGCUAAAACUGAUGAUUUCCAAGAUAAGCCAACUUUAAACUUUCCUGAAGUGAUGCGAAAAAUGUCCACGACUGAACCAAUGACUGAAGAAGAAGAGAAAAAAGUCCAUGAUAUGGCAGAGUUAACUUUAAAGCAACGUUAUAGUCUGUACAAACUGUGGUUGAAGAGAUACAGGGAACAUCUGGGAGAAACCUGUGUAAAGAAAACAGAACAGUUCAAGCUGGAUGUGAAGAAAGAAAGAGACACUGAUAAUGAACGUGCAGCGUCCAGUCUAAAACGUAGCCAGGUAAUCGGCAUGACCACAACAGGAGCAGCCAAAUACAAAGACAUUCUAGAGAAAGUUGGCUGCAACAUUGUCAUUGUGGAAGAAGCUGCAGAAGUUUUGGAAUCUCACAUCGUCACAGCUUUAAGUAAAAACUGCCAACAUCUAAUCUUAAUAGGAGAUCACCAACAGCUACGACCUAAACCAGCAACUUAUGAAUUGGAGAGAAACUUUGGUCUUGAUGUCUCACUAUUUGAAAGACUCAUUCUGAAUGAGAUCCCACACGUGACUCUCAAAAUACAGCACAGAAUGAGGCCUGAGAUUUCACAGAUGGUAAAACUGAUUUAUCCAGAGCUGGAAGAUCAUCCUUCAGUGUGUCAAUUCGAACACAUCAGAGGGGUGUCAAAAGAUGUGUUUUUUAUCAAUCAUAAUUACCAUGAAGUGGGUAAUUCAGAUAAUUUCAGCAAAUCAAAUGAUCAUGAAGCCAAGUACGUGGUGGCGUUGUGUGAGUAUCUUACUAAACAUGAUUAUUCGCCCUCACAAAUUACCAUAAUAACAACUUAUAAAGGUCAGGUCACACUUAUUAGAAAAUAUAUGAAAAAUCUAAAUCCCCAACCUCGAGUCUCAGCUGUUGAUGAUUUCCAAGGGGAGGAAAAUGAGAUCAUCAUUUUAUCUCUAGUGAGGAGCAACAAAGAAAAUAUCGCUGGAUUUGUCAAAAUCGAUAACAGAGUUUGUGUGGCGUUUUCUCGAGCCAAGAAAGGUCUUUUUGUGAUCGGGAAUUUCAGUGUGUUUUUAGCGUCCAAGAGCAAUCUCUGGCAUGACAUUGUUGAGAUUGCCAAGAAAGACAACUUCUUUGGACAAGGAUUACCAGUGCAGUGCAGCAGUCACCCUGAGAAUAUUGCAAUCAUUAAGACUGCAGAUGGUUUUAAAAGUCGUGAUGGGGGAGGAUGUGGACUUCCGUGUAAUUUUCUAUUGAAAUGCGGACAUCAAUGUCAACUGAAGUGUCAUGGGCAUGAUUUGAAACACGAAAGGUACAAGUGUACAGUGCCGUGCACAAAAACAUGUGAAGAAGGGCAUCAGUGCACUCUGAAAUGUCAUGAAAAGUGCUUAUGUAAACAGUUGGUCACGAAAACAUUGCCUAUAUGUGGUCAUGUCAAUCUGUUGCCCUGCCACGUGUGGCUUGAAGAUGCUAUUUGUUCAGCACGUUGUGGCGAAGUGCUAGCGUGUGGACAUGAGUGUACAUAUACGUGUAGGAAGUGUACAAAAUUGAAAAGACAUGGAGAAUGUAAAGAAAUUGUGGAGUAUGUAUUCACGUCCUGUGGACAUGAAGCUCUGGUAUCUUGCUCCAAAUCCAAGUUGGAUAUUCGGUGCGAAAUGAUGUGCCUGAAGAAGCUGAACUGUGGGCACGACCAACUAAUGCCUUGUCAUUUAGCUACAAAAGAUGCUAAGUGUUCAAGUGGAUGUUCAGAGCAGCUACCUUGUGGACAUCUGUGUACUGGUCAGUGCAUAGACUGUGUAAUGAACAGAAAACACAAAGAUUGCCCAGUGCCCAUUGACUAUGUUUUCCCGUCAUGUGGGCAUGUCAAAAAUAUGCCUUGUUUUUUGUCGCAGACCACAGUAAAAUGCCAAGUUCUGUGUCCAGCCAAACUGAGCUGCGGACACCACCAGCAGAUACCGUGUCACGUAGAUCCAGAAAAUGCGAAGUGCACGGAAAAAUGUUCAGCAACUUUGACCUGUGGACACACCUGCACUGGUCAAUGUACUGAUUGCGUGACCAGUAACAGACACAAAGAAUGCCGUCUUCUUGUAGAGUAUACCUAUCAGCAAUGUGGACAUAAAAAACAGGUCCAAUGUUUCCAGUCAUCAACAAGCUUAGACUGUCCAUUUCCAUGCAAAACACGAUUAAAAUGCGGCCAUACCUGCACGGGAAAAUGUCAUGACUGUGUUUCUAAUAAAAAACACAAAGAUUGUACUGUUCCUGUAAACUACAUGCAUACAAAAUGCGGACAUUCGGGUAAAGUUCAAUGUUAUCAAUCAACAACCAACUUAGACUGCAAACAACCAUGUCCAUCUAAACUGAAGUGUGGCCAUCAAUGCAAAGGAACAUGUUCUGAUUGUCUCUAUGGACUUGUCCACAAAGCCUGUCAGGAGACUUGCAAUCUACCUUUACCUUGUGGACAUAAAUGUGAAGGCCAUUGUUCAACCCCAUGUCUCCCCUGUAAAAAACCUUGCCAGUUCAAAUGCAGACACAGGUCAUGUGACACGAAAUCUAAACUGAGUUUCUGCGGUCAGCCGUGUCAAACGUGUGAUGCAAAGUGCAUGCAAAAAUGUAAACAUUUCGUCAACUUACGACUAUGCUCAGAAGCGUGGGAUAAAGACACCUGCUCCGAACGAUGCACUAAACAAUUAAAAGUUUACAUCCCUGGAAAUAAUGGAACUGGAGGGAAGUUUUGCUCCCAUCCCUGUAGCGGACUUUGUGGAGAGAUGUGCGUCUGUUCCAUUUGCGAGAGCAUACAACCAAUCAGAAAUCUAAAGAGUGCUGCUCCUCACAAAAAAGAAAAUACAAGUUCUGCUAAUGUACAGACCAAUACCUCAUCUAGAAACCUCAUUCUGAAGUUGCCAUUGUGUGGGCAUGCAUUCUAUCUCAGCGAGCUCGAUCAGUAUGUGGCUCACCAUAAUCUCUCUUCUAGUGGUCGAUACAUCUAUUGUCCAGUUUGUCCCAAGCCAAUACUUAAUUGUCUGCGCUAUGACCAAAUAAACUGGCAAAGGCGGAAACAGAGAGAACAAGACGAAAAAGAUCUCAUUCAAAGAAAUAUCAUAACAUUGGAACAAAAAAGUCUCAUUGAAAAAUGUAAACACUUUCUCGCCAAAUUUGAAGAUAUUAAGCUCUUUAAAUACCACAAAGAAAUUACUCCUGAAUUCAAUACCAGGACAGAAUUUCUCAACCAUAGUUUAAAAGUUAAAUUUAUUUACAUCGUGUGUCUUAUGAAAUUUGCAGACAGUGAUACCGAAGAUCUAAGCAGCAGAUCUGAUUUGAUUCAAGUUAUUGAUCGAUCUGCUUGGUUUACCAAACAGCUGGAGCAAGAGCUUAGGCAGGAGAUACUGAGACGACUUAAUCUGUACGUCUUAGCUGCACUAACAAAAUAUUGCUCUGAUCAAGAUUUCGGAGAUAUCAAGUGUCGAUGGGUUAAACUGAAAGAAGACUACAGCGCCACUCCAGUACGAGCUGAUGUUCAGGCAGAAUCCCAUCAAGUGAUUGUAUCUCUUUUGAAUGAGUUGGAUAAUGUUUUAGAACAGCAUCCGUCUGACUAUCUGCAGAUCAAAAAUAACUACGUAGACGUAGUCAACAUUUUAACCUCCAACCAAGAAAAUAUUCUGUCAGAUGUGGUGUGUCCUAGCACUUUAGAGUCUGAUGCUUCAACGUCUCCAUUAUUAGGCCUGGACAGCUACUUUAGGAGUACAAAUAAAGAAACAAAAUGUGAAACUGUUAAAUAUGACUCAAAUCAAAAUAAAUCUAGUUUGCAUGGAGCUAGAGCAGAUAUUUUACAUGGAGCUAGAGCAGAUAUUUCUAGAAAAGAGGCAGGUCAAAGUAAGACAAGAUGUAGUUUAAAGGGUACUCAAGCAGACAUUGUGAGGAACAGGACAUGUCUAAGUAAGACUAGUUUGAAAGGAACUAAGGUGGACAUGAUCGCGAGGAACAGCUCUAGUCUAAGUAGCUCUAGCUUGAAAGGAAACAUUACCAAAAAUAGUCCAAGUCAAAGUAUGUCUAGUUUUCGCAAUGCUAAAGGAAAUAUUACUGAGCACAACUUAAAUAAAAAGAGCCAAGUAAACAAAUUUAAACCCAGUUGUGCUAAAGCUGAAACAUGUUUGCAAGAAACAAUACCAACAAGAAGGAGACGGCCUACAUCUACUGAUGACACUAUCAAAAAAGAUAUUGUUAAAGUAAGCAAGACUACUAAAAGCCAAACAGUGGCAAAAGAAGCAAAACCUAAAAUCAAGUCUCAGCUUAGAACUAUGACUGCACAAUCAACUCACACCAGUGAACAAGAUCCACUUCCACUAGCGAAAAGAAGUAAACAAAGAAAAAGGAAGCCUGCUGAUGACAAGAAGAAAAAGGUUCAGCUUAGUGGGAAAGUUCACUCUUCAUCUAAGCCAAGCUGUGAACAGAACAUUACCUUACAAGAAAAAUAGAUCUAACUGACAUGAUUUUGUUGAAGAACAUGUUGACAAAAAAAAUGUGUAAUUGGACUGCAAGGUAUUCAAACUGCAAGAUAUUAAUGUAUUGAUAUAAUCUUAUGUUAAUUUUAUGAUUGUUUUGUGUAAAAAAAACAAAAUGAUAAUAUUUUUUUAUUUCUUUACAAGUAAUUUAAAAUGUGAACAAGAAACAUGGCACAUUUAAGACUCUGUUAUUCAGGAGUCAAUAUUUCCUGAUAAAUACAAAAAUAUUUAUUUUAUGAUGUGUUAAUCAGUUAUAAUAAUGUGUUACCUUUUCUCCAUUUUCACUCUCUAGAAGAGAGCUUAAUUGGUCAUGUUAUUCAUUAACAGUAUAUUUAGUAUAGAUUAUUAUUUAUAUCAUUUAUCCUCUGUGCACAGUAAACAUUACAAUCACAAUAUACAUUACAAUGUGUGUGUGUUUCUUUUUUAUUUCUGACAUUUUAUUUGAAUAUUCUUUUGAUAUGGAAACAUAAAUUGAGAUUUUUUAUUAAUGAUAUAAUAUCAGUGUACCUUAUAUUUAUGUAAAGAUAGUAUUAGUUCUUAUUAACAUCACAUAAAUUUGGGAUAUACUGUCCUUAACAUUUUAAUAAUUUUUAUGCAAUUUAUAUUUUUUUAAUGCAUAUUUGUUUUAUAUAUUAAAGUUAGAUCAUAUUUUUUUCCUAACUAUAAUUUAUUGCAACAAAACAAUGUUCUUACAAAAAUUAUUGUUUUAAGAAAUGUGUGUGAAAUUAAAGAAAAAUUUGUUAUUUUCUAAAUAAAUCUGGAAAUAUC